CUUGAAUGUAAGAACUCACAUGUGGAAACCUGUUCCAAAUUCAGACUUGGAGCAUGAUGGCAUCACAUCGCGGAGCAAGCCCAGCCAGUCCCAGGACAGUGCACCGUGCACCCAUCAACCUCCCAAAUGGGGGAGCACCUGACUCACCUCGCCUGCCAUGUGCAAUUAUCAAUGGCAUGCAUGGGGUGGCUGGCACUAAACCAUACCCUCUCCCAGCGGUGGGAGGGGUUCCCCACUCGGACCAUGGAUAUCUCUGCCCGGGGUCAUCUGUCAACCUGGUGGACGGCAUGGACAAGUUUGAGAUCGACACGCAUUCGGCUAAGGCUUGGGCAUUCUCCAGGCUGGACAAUUCAAACGUGCCUCAAUGGAGAGAGCUGGAAGCAAAAGGGAAAGUGAGAUUGAUCUUGAACUCAAUAAUGAAGAUACUGCUCCUCUUUAGCUUUCUCUAUAUGUUUGUGUGCUCUCUCGAUGUUCUCAGUGCAGCCUUUCAACUUGCUGGAGGCAAGGUGGCAGGUGAUAUUUUUAAGGACAAUGCAAUCCUGUCCAAUCCCGUGGCUGGGCUUGUGGUGGGAAUCUUGGUCACUGUCCUGGUCCAAAGCUCAAGUACUUCAACCUCCAUCAUUGUCAGCAUGGUGUCAUCAGGAUUACUGGGAGUGCAAUCUGCCAUUCCAAUUAUCAUGGGAUCCAAUAUUGGAACUUCAGUAACGAACACUAUUGUAGCUCUAAUGCAAGCUGGGGACAGAAAUGAAUUCAAACGGGCAUUUGCAGGCGCCACUGUCCACGAUUGCUUCAACUGGCUCUCUGUGUUGGUACUUCUGCCAAUCGAAGUUGCCAGCGGUUUCCUGUACCGACUCACAAAGGUUGUGGUGGGGAGCUUCAAAAUCCAGACAGGAAACGAUGCACCCAACCUUCUCGGUAUCAUUACCGAUCCAUUCACUGACCACAUUAUACAGCUUGAUAAAUCCGUAAUCACUGCAAUAGCAAUUGGGGAUGAAACUUUCCGUAAUAUGAGUCUUGUGAAGAUAUGGUGCCUAACGAGAACUGUACAGCUCCAGGACAACAUCACAGUGGAUGGUCUGGAGAAGUGCACGAGACCAGAACUGUGCUGGCAGGAUAAGAACUACACAUGGACUCUAGUCAACAGGACAUACAAAGAAAAUAUUGAGAAAUGUAACCACUUGUUUGUGAACUCCACUAUGUCUGAUCUUGUGGUGGGGCUGAUCUUGCUGGCUGGCUCCCUGGUUGUCCUGUGUACCUGCCUUGUUCUAAUUGUCAAGCUGCUGAAUUCCAUGCUGAGGGGACAGGUUGCCAAAGCCAUCAAAAAAGUCAUCAAUACUGAUUUCCCAUACCCGUUUGGCUGGCUGGCGGGCUAUCUUGCCAUGGUGGUGGGAGCUGGCAUUACAUUUGUCGUCCAAAGCAGCUCUGUGUUUACUUCAGCCAUCACUCCACUCAUCGGCAUUGGGGUGAUCAGUAUUGAACGUGCUUAUCCAUUAACCUUGGGAUCCAAUAUUGGCACCACUACCACUGCAGUUUUGGCAGCUCUGGCCAGCCCAGGUGACAUGUUACCAAGUGCUUUCCAGAUUGCCCUUUCCCACUUCUUUUUCAAUAUCGCCGGGAUAAUACUUUGGUACCCAAUUCCGAUCACCCGCUUCCCUAUCCGCAUGGCGAAAACCUUGGGAGAACGAACUGCCAAGUACCGUUGGUUUGCUGUUUUAUAUCUGAUUAUCUGCUUUCUUCUCCUGCCCUCGCUAAUCUUUGGCCUUUCCAUGGCUGGUUGGCAGGUUCUGAUAGGUGUAGGUGCCCCAUUCGUGGGCAUACUCAUCUUCAUUGGCAUCACCAACGUCUUGCAGGCACGCAGUCCCAGGUACCUGCCUAAGAAACUCCAGUCAUGGGACUUCCUCCCUAUCUGGAUGCACUCCUUGAAGCCUAUGGACCGUAUCAUAACCAAUGCUGCUCUCUGCUGCACGGACCACUGCAUUUGUGCUGACAAGAGAGAAACGCGGGAGGGCACCAACCACACUGAGCUAUCACCACAGAUGAAGGUGAAGGCGGCCUGUGACAACCCACCCAUAGCCUACCUGGAAGAAAUCUCAAUUGGAGCCUCGUCACCCAUAUUAAACAGAUUGCCUGUGCUGGAUGUCACACAGCUGUAGCACCACACUGAGUUUCCCUGGUUCCUUUGACAUUUUCAUGGCGUGCAGAGUCCUUCCUUCCUCUCCUUCCUUCUCCCUUUCCUCAUCCAUUUUCCCCUUCCUCUCCUCGCCCCCUUGCUUACCAAACCCACCCUGGACAAUGCAAGUACGCCCAUACUCUUCAGAGGCUAUUUGCUCUUCACAUCUAGAUGAAUGUGCCUGGAAGUGACAACCACAUCAGUGGAGGAAUGCUCACUGCAAUUCAUCUGCUACUUAUCACACUUAAAGUGAAUGGCUCUGUUAAAAUAAUAUGUUGAGGAACAUUGGCAGAUCCAGUGAACAUCUGCCUGACUGGUUGCUCAUAAACUAAUACUUCCAACUACCCCACCUAAUCUAAAAGACUUUUUCCUAUCACUUCCAAUAUCUUUUACAAUCAAUAAACAGACAUUCAAAGGACAUGAAUACAGCCACAUAAUUCGUUUUAAUCCCCUGAUGACUUUUCUGGUUGUUCCUGAGAGAUUAACCCAUAAUUCCAUGAGACUCCUGGAUUUUUCUAGUAACCAACUAGUACUAACUUCUAACACUAGUGGCAUAACUGGCUGCAAAUAUUUACAGACUACCCUUCCCAUCAACUCUCACUGAGAUAAAUAGAUUGAUACCAAAAGAGUGGGAAGAGAGCAAAAGAUGGUUGGUAUUAUCAAAGGGGAUGUUGCAUGCAACAGCUGGGAUACAUUCAACAAUCCCAUACUGGAAGUGUUAGUCUAUUAGGAAAAUUGAGUGGAGUAUUGGGUAUAAUUUCAGUUCUGACUUCCUCAAUUGAUGCUAAUUUAUUACUCCUAAUGCAGUAAGCCCUCACAAGCCCUAAAUGGUCAAACAUUUUUGAUACAAAUGAGUUCAAUGCUCAGGUUAUGUAACACAUCUACAGUUUCAUUCUUUUCAACCAAUGGCAACAGAUCCCCAUCCGGGAGAGUUUGGAUCUUCAGAAAGUGGCUGAUUAAAGGACAGAAUUUGUCUGAGAAGGACGAUAACAAAUGUUGGAUAAUUAGUCCUUUUUUAACAAUAGAGAGAAAAACCUUGAAGGUCUUCUUUCCAAGACUCUCCUUCCAGUGUAGUGUCUUGCUCAUCAGAGAUCAGUAAGUCUGAAGCAAGUGGCCUAAUUCAUCAUGUUUCCAAUUUCCCUGUUCAUUAAAACAUGGUAUAUUGGGGAGAUGAGGAUCAGAUGUGUCAAUUUGUUCAUUUGAGUGUCCAAUUCCCUUUGAAUAAGAAUCCUGUCAAGGACUUAGAAUAACUCCAAGUUUUACAUACACUGCUCCAAGUGAGUUCUUUUCUUUUUCUUGAAGUACUCUGCAUUCUCCUGAAAAUGUUGAGGGCAAUAAAUAUUUCCUGAAUAUUUGCCUUUCCUGAGCAGUUUUGCAUUAAUCAGUCUAGUUCUAUUUGCCUGUUUGAAUUAUGUUAUAUUGUUAACAUGUUUUGUACUUUAUACAGAUAUAGAGGCUUUUAUUUGAAGUCUAUCUUUUUCUUGGUGCCAUUAUGGUAUAUGGAACAAUGAACUGUUGAAGUUCAAUGGGAUGGAGGUUCUGCUAACUAUUCUGAAUGCAAUACAAAUAUCUGGUGAUCCAAAUAUCCUCCCACUGAAGUGAUGGAGUUUAGACUUACACCAACUGAGCAAUAAUCUGUCAUAGGGGAGUACUCUCUCAGUACAAGCCAUCUCCUCUGACAAGCUAUGGCCAGCUGGUGAAUGUAAAAAUUAAUCUCAGCGUAACCAAACCCAGCUCUUGAUUAGCUUCCUGGGUGACCUAACUUUUUGAGGUAGUCUUCAACUAUAUAAUGAAGAAUACUAACUUCUGAAUUAUUUCCUUGCAGCUUUCAGGUCUAUGCUAGAUUAUGUACUUCAUACCAAAGCUUAUAUCUAAAAAACAUGUUGAAACAAUGUCACACAAAUCUUAAUAACACUUCCAAGUACAUCGUUUCUUAUGGUGAAAUUACUUGAACGACUUCACAUUUUUGAUCUGGUCAGGCAGCCAUUUUGCCCCAACAGUGGUCCUCACCAUUAGGCUGGAUGUGCAUUUAGAUGAUGCUUGCUGAAGGACAAAUGUUGGUCUUGGCUUUGGGAGAACUGCCAGCCCUUUGUGAAUUGACAAAGUGUAGUAUGCUACAGACCAAGUACUGGUGAAUGGGAUUAGUAAAGAUGGGAUUAUAAUGGGCAUGGAGGGCAAAAGGGCCUGUUUCUGUGCUAUAUGUCUCUAUUAUUCCUUAAGUAGUGCCAUGAGUUCUUUACCAAAGUUGCUGAAUCAGACUAUGGUUUAACAUUGCAUCUCCCACAGUACUGGACUGGAAUGCUAACCCACGUGCUCAAACCUGGAUGUGAGGCAGACCUGACUGACCUUCAGCUCAGCAACUUAGUCAAGCUGAUAGGUCCUGUAACACUGCUGUACAUUUUACAUUCUCACAAGCACUAAUUGGUCCCACUAAAUUUAAUUCAUUAAUACCAAUCCAAGACAUUAGCCUUCAAAUUUUCCUCAAUGAAAUAAAAAUCAUAAUUCAGCUGUAGGAAGGAGCAGCAGUACUUUGCAAACAAUAUGGAGCUGUGUUUAGCAUUAUUAAUUAUUAGCAGUAUUGACUAAAUCGGGAUAGAUCUUGGUGGACAUGGGGGUUGGAUGCAGAAUUGACACAUUGUCAUUGAAUGGAGUAUAGGCAGAGACCAACAAAGCACCUUCUCUGUGUGCAGUUGGUGCUAGCUGAACUGUUCACUCUUUCCUGACAUUAGUGAGAGGCCCAUAUGGUAGCUUCCUAGCAUCACACAGCUCGCCAGCAUCUCCUAAAGGUCUGAAGGAGAUUGCAUAAGGGCCAGGGCCACAAAACAAAAUGUCAAGGCAUUGCUGUUAAUGCAAACCUCAGUACUGAUGGAACUGAGCAACAAUUGGUGGAAAUACAAACAAAUAUUUUGAGGAGUUUGCCUUAUAAUUCUACUAGGUCCAAGAAAGCAUCAGCUUUCUACAUACCCCUCUUCAAGGUUCACCAUGUACUGUGCACACUUUUCCUUGAGAAUUUUGGUGUAUAUUUCUUUUUACCAGACUGCACCAACAGCACCUCCCAAACCCCCAACCAUUUCCGAUAAGAAGGAGAAAGGUUGCAGGUCGACGGGAACACCAACCCUGCAUGUUCCCCUUCAAAUCACACACCCUACUGAAUUGCUAAUAUACUGGCUGUCCUUCGUCAUCCUUGGGCCCUAAUUCUGGAACUCUAUCCCCAAUAUCACUCUGAGGUCUCCUUCACCAGAAAUUCUGCAGCAGUUAAUGAAGGUGUCUCACGAGUCAUUAAAGAUGGGUAAUAAAAUUUGACUUUGCCAAUGACACCCAGAUCAUGAAAAUGAAUAAAUUAAACAAAAACCUACUGACAUGGUUACAUUAACACACAGAGUUGUAAAAAUCUUGUCUUCAAACAUGAACAUAUCACCUGCCUCCUAUCUUCUACAAACAAUAAAUUGGUCAUCCAAACAUCUAGGGCAAUAAUCUCUCCUGCAACAAAUUCCAUCAGUCACUCACUGCACUUGCUGAGCUCGCCAUCAGCACUUACUCACUUAAAGUGACAUAAUUGAAAAAAAAUGCCCAAAUGAUUAAUUGGUGGCUUUUCGAAUCCUAGUUGCGGUAUUGAUUAAAUUCUUUCCUUGACUCUGUAUGAAGCAUUUCCAUUGUGGGUUUGAGGUACGAACUAAUACUUUAGUCACUUCACUCUGGGGUCAUGGACUCUACAGGCACCGGGCACUCACCAUCUAACCAAGUAGGUCCUUCUUCUAUUGCAAGCCCAGACAUUACUAGUCAGAGAUUGUUCCACUGUAGGAGGAUAUCAGGGGUGGGAAAUAUGUAGAGCCGUUUGUGGAGACCAGCAACCCAAGGAAUAGUGGAGAUCUAUCUUCAACCUCCACAAUCAACUGAGGACUUCAAUUUACCCAGCCUGGUUUGCCUUGCCUGCAGUAUUCCCAUGCUGAGAAAGGUAAGUAUGUCAGCCAUGGAGGCUGAGGAACAUACUUACACCUUCUCCUCCAAUGAAAAGAGCUCUUUUCAUUCAAUAUUUUGCUUAAGCAGCUUACCUUUAAAUUCCUGAGUCAGGCAGGAGUCAGAUGUGUUUCUUAAAGGGAUCCUUAACAAUUUUCAUUACAUUCUCAAGAUUAUCUAUUUGUUAUCAAGGCUCUCUUUCACCCUUUGAGUGAUAUCUUAACAAGGUUCAGAACUUUUAGGAACAAAGGGGAAGGAACAAUAAGAUCAUAAGCUACUGAGGGUGAUAUUAGAGACUGAACCUUCCACUAACAUGUAUG